UAGUACCUGAGGGACUUGAAGUUAUAAAAGUGAACACACUGUACUAGACCAUCGCAUUCAGAGACCUGUCGCGGGCGCGCACAUACAUAACUACAUAUACAAAAAAAACGAACACAUACAACUCUGCCCGCCGCGACGCACGAAUAGUUUCAUUUCUAUUCUUAUUUUCUUUUUUUCUUUUCUUUCUUUUUUUUCGAUUCAUAAUAAAAAGAAGAAACCUCACCGACUGUGAUAAUUUCAAUACAUUAUAAGAAGAGUAAACAGAGAACAAAGAAAUAGUAUUAGUAUAUAAUAGAAGCUUGUGAUACAACCGGAGAAACAAACGAAGCAUCAACCUAUGAUACUACCAGGACGCCUGAUUUAAGUAGCAAACAUGCUGACCGGCUGGAGAUUAACGCUUUCAAAAUGUUUCGUGAUACCGCAAAGGUAUAUCGUAGGAAUCAUGGGAUUUCUGGCGGUAGUCAAUGCGUACACGAUGCGAAUCUGCUUGUCUAUAGCGAUUCUCGAUAUAGUGGAAGAAGAAGACCACAAAUGGGAUAGGGAGACACAAGGACUUGUCAAGAGCGCAUUUUAUUUCGGUUAUGUUAUAACUCAUCUGCCGGGCGGAAUACUCGCGGAGCGAUUUGGCGGGAAGUACACGCUCGGUAUUGGAAUUUUGUCCACAGCGUUCUUUACCCUGUUAACACCAGUUGUGGUGGAAUGGGGUGACUGGCCGGGGUUGCUCGUCCUCAGGAUACUGCAAGGUCUCGGAGAGGGCACCACGUACCCGGCUCUAAAUUCGCUUCUGUCUAAAUGGGUUCCAAUACACGAGCGGGCGAAAAUGGGAACGCUGGUGUACGCGGGCGGUCAAAUCGGAACGGUCGUCGGAAACACGGCCAGCGGAUUCCUGAUCAAGGCCGCUGGUACGUGGACAUCAGUCUUUUACAUGUUCGGCGGCAUCGGCGUCCUCUGGUUCGUCCUUUGGACACUGCUCUGCUACUCCGAACCCAGCUCUCAUCCUUUCAUCUCCGAUGAUGAGAAGAAUUUCUUGCGCAAGGAGCUCGGAUCUAACGAACAAAAGAGUAACGUGCCAACGCCGUGGAAGGCAAUCCUGACUUCGGUGCCGUUGUGGUCGCUUGUUGCUGCACAAAUUGGCCACGACUGGGGCUUCUUCACGAUGGUCACCGACCUUCCCAACUUCAUGAGUGACGUGCUACAUUUACAACUGGACCAGAACGGUAUUUGGUCUUCUGUUCCUUAUAUUGUGAUGUGGAUCGUCUCCAUGAGUUCCGGUUGGCUGUGCGACUGGCUCAUCCAGAAGGACUUUAUGAAGGUCACGUUUGCGAGGAAGUUCUUCACGGCCAUCGCAGCCAUCGGGCCGGGCAUAUUUAUCGUGGUCGCCGCGUACGCCGGUAACGACCAGACGACGGUCAUCGCCUUAUUCACAGUUGGCAUGGGUUUCAUGGGCACGUUCUACUGCGGCAUGAAAGUCAACGCCUUGGACCUUUCUCCGAAUUAUGCCGGCACACUUAUGGCCAUCGUCAAUGGAAUCGGCGCCAUCACCGGCAUCAUCACUCCAUACCUGAGCGGAGCUAUGACACCAAACCAUGACGUAGAGGAGUGGAGGAUCGUUUUCUGGGUCUCGUUUGUCGUCUUCACCUUAACCACAUUCAUCUAUGUGAUGUGGGGAAGCGCCGAGGAGCAGUGGUGGAACACCCCUGAGAAAGGAAAUCCGAACGCCGCAGAGAAGGACCCCAAAGCCAUGGUGGAAUCCGGCAACGCCUCAACGACCAAAUAACCUGUACCAGUCCAUUCAACGCACCACACGCAUAUAUUUUUAUAUAUUUAUUUAUUCUUAAGUUUAAAUGUACUAUUAUUCGAGAAAACGAUAACAUUUAUCGAUUUUUUAUUUCAGUUUUGAAUACGAAUAAAACCACACCGCAAUG